AUGGCCUUAGCGAACGGCGUAGUGCUCACUCCUCGAGCACCUGGAAGCAAAAGGAAGAGAUUCGGCUUGCGACCCAAACUAUACGACACAUGGAUAGCACCUCUGUGGGUUGGAUGCGCUACCGCCACUACUACCAAGGAGGAAUCCGAUGCGACGGAUAUCAAGGAGAAGCAGGAUACCUCGGCUUGGGCAGGGUCGUCGCAAGGGCGCUGGUGUGACAUGUUGCCGGUCACGGUGCAAACUGUCAUUGUAAAACGACGUGCCAAACCCGAACCCACUGGGUACGACGGGAACCCUACCAAUGCAGCAGCAUCUCCUGCGUUCAGCACGACCACCCAACUAACGGCAUCACCACCUUCGCUCUUUCCUAAUUCACCACCUACCGGCACUUCAUCUGGUAUUCGACCACUCAUUCCACAUAUCGUACCGCCAUCCAACUUUGUUGUUUCAUCAAGCCCUGUAGAGGUAUCCCCGUAUACCCCGACGGAGAGGAGGCGCUCGUUACGACCUUUAUCAGUGCAAUUCGCUGACCAGGCACGGCCUGGUCUAUUUUCGUUCCCGCACUCCCACUCGACUUCCUUCGAUAAUGAGGCAACUCGCCGGCGCUCGCGACGAAAUAGCGCUCUUUCCAUCUUGACGCCCUCUCCUUCUCUGGAAAACCAUCUAGGAGGAGGAAGCAACGGAGAAUCCAGAAGGCAGAGGAGAAACUCGACUGGUAGCAGUCUAGGACAACCUAUUCCCACUCACUCCCGGGAACGCUCAGAUUCGACAACAUGGAGACAAAUCAUCUCGCCUAAUCCCAGUCUGCCGGCCCCUCCUGUUCCACCGGUUCCUACUCCUAGUACCCCCUCGGGCGGGAAUGAACGGACAGUCAAUUGGGAACCUAACCCUCCCAGUCCUCGAGUGGAUGGAAAUGGAAACGACAGGAGAUUGGGCCUCCGCGCUCGUUUGCUUCCCAACGUCUUCUCUCGCAGAAAUCAGGCCUUACCCGACUCAGACGACAUGCAAAUAUCGGCUUCUCCCUCGACUGCGACAGGCGGGCGGCUUCCUCCGCGGUCUCAAAGCAAGUAUCGAAUCCGGACGGAGAUGUUACAGAUUUCUGUACUGGUUGCGAUGCCUAGUUUGAAGACGAGUCGGCUGUAUGGCGAUGCGAACGUGGUCAAGAGUUCGUAUGGCAGCUACAGGCAGCUACAUAAUCCCGACGGAGAUGUAGGCAAGAAGAAACGCAAGCGCGUCAAGGAAACGAGGGCGAGGACUGACGAAUCGGGCGACGUAGAUGAGAUUGUGGAGAUUCCUGGGGAGGAUGGAUCGGAUCUUUCGGACGAGGAAAGUGACAUAGAAAGCGAGGAGGAAAAGGAGGAUGACGAACCGCAGCCACUACCUGAACUCGUCCUGGGAGUGACAAGGUUGAAUUACCGCCCAUCUCAGUCUGUUCACCUCGCUACCGUGAAUGCGGAGAAGGAGAAGGUGGAGGAAGAGGAUGCGGAGGGGAUGACCCCGUCCACGCCACCGACUCCGUCUAUCAGUGUGGCGGCGAGUCCUGCGUCCCAGCAGCGACCGGCGCCGAUGAAUAGGACUCUGGCAUUCCUUCCUGGAGCUAUGGUGUGAAAGGACUAAUUUAUUCUAAUCUUUGGUUCGGUGUAUUAGUAUAAUUUACUGGUCGGCGAGGAGGCUUUACACAUUGACUAUUACUGCUAUGGCU